AUUAAGUGUGCUGCUUCAACAAGCGUCUCCCACGGGCAGGUCUUGAGGAGGAUCAGCUCUUCAGUCUGCAGCUCUCACAGGGAGCUGAACGCUGCCUGCAGGACCCUGGGGAAGAGCUGGGAAAAGGCUCUUGUGUGCCAACAGGAUGUCACGGCAGGCUAACCUCACAACACAAAUGAAGACGUUGGACCUCAGAGGAAUCAAAUGAAACUGUCAUCUCGAUGGACAUUUACUUGCACUCCCCACAGGGUGGCGAAGAGCUUAACGAAUAGACUUCUGCAGUUUUGCCCUCCAGAGGAGAGCGUUAAACAGUUUAAGCCUUUUUCCGUGUGAUCAUGGCCAGCAUGGGAGUCGAGCUCCUGGGCUUCUUCUUAGGACUGCUGGGCUUUGCGGGAACUGUGGUGGCAACCCUGCUCCCCCACUGGUGGAGCACGGCCUUUGUGGGCUCUAACAUCUUCACAGUCACUGCGUACAUUAAAGGCCUGUGGAUGGAGUGUGUCUGGCACAGCACCGGCAUUUACCAGUGUCAGCUGUACAGAUCCGUGCUGGCGCUGCCGUCUGACAUGCAGGCUGCCAGGGCCAUCAUGGUAGUCUCCUGCCUCGCCUCAGUUCUUGCGUCUGUGAUUGCUGUGAUGGGGAUGAAGUGUACGCACUUUGUUCAACGCUCUCAGGUCAAAAGUCGUCUGGUGUUGAGUGGUGGGAUUUGUUUUCUCUGCGCUGCCUUUCUUUGCCUGGUUACCGUGUCCUGGACCACCUAUACUGUCGCCAUGCAGUUUUAUGACCCAUUCCUUCCAGGUGGGCUGAAGUACGAGGUUGGCCUGUCUGUGUAUCUUGGCUUUGUUUCGACCUGCCUCAGUCUGACUGCUGGGCUGGUGCUGUGCUGGAGCAGCAGAGGUGUUGACUCACAGAGAUCUUCUCACACAAAGAGGAGGCCAUCAUCAUCAUCAUCAUCAUCAUCAGUGCCUCCCUCUGCCGACAAACAUUCCCCCACUCCACUCUAUCAGUCUCCAGAGGCCCUGAAGGACAACCACACAGCUCCAUUCUGCUGCGUUUCAAAUGGCGGAUAUAAUCUUGAUAAUUACUUUUAGGUGAUACUAACAAAAUAACUAAAAAAAAAUGUACUGAACUAUAAUAUUUUUAUUCAAAUUGUUACACUAUUUCUGAGUAGAUAUUUAACAAGCUUUAAAAAAGAUGGUCCUGCAUGAGAUGUCGAUGGGCCGGACUGAAGCAUCAGUUUGUUGUUCUGCAGUGCUCACUAAAGCCCAGAAGGUGGCGACGUUUUACAAAAAACACCAUAACUACACCAGUCAAAAACAAAAAAAUGAAAUAUAGAAAAAUUGAAUUGUUAAAAUCAUGUACUGAUGUUAUAAAUUAAUUAUUGAAAUGAUUUUAAAAUAAAGAAAAAAAUUCAAACGGAAUACACCGUACAUAUACACAGUUGAUAAUGAAUACACCAGUCAAACUGUAACUGUACUUUCUCACACUUCUGCCAAACAAUUGGGCUAAAACUGUUUUUUCAGCAAUACCUGUAGUUGUAAUAAAACUAAAAACGAAUAAAAACAAUUUACCCUAGAACUAUUCUUAUAUUUUUUUACUUAAAAGUAAUAAUGAUUAAAACACAAACUUUAAUCAUUUGCAUAAUAUUAUUAAAAUCUACAGUACUGACCAAAAGUUUGGACAAACCUUCCCAUUUAUUUGAAUAAGAAGGUGUGUCCAAACUUUUAGUCUGUUCUGUAUUUAUGUACAGUUUGAUUUGUUUAGGCUUCCUUUGUGUCGAAUUGACUUGGUUCAUGUAACUUGUGACUAGUAGAUGUAACCUGUAACUGAGGGUUAAAUUUGAUUUUUAAUAUCUAAAUUACUACAAGGCAUUACAAUAGAGAUCUGUGUGUGCGGCCAGUUUUUCUUGCUUUGCUAGAAAUCAGUGUUCUGGUAAAUGUUAACGUGGAUAUAUCUUAGACUCCUUGAAGCCACUAGAUGGCAACAAGGUACUUCUAGAAGACUGUAUUCACAUAAGCCUAGAGGACAAAUCCAGCACAACAAGUCUUACAUGUUGCUUUUGACACAUCCAUUGUUCAUUUUAAUGGAUUCAAAUGUUCAACUGUCUGUUAUAUGAAAGUCUCUGGAGAAAAACACAAUGGAAGCAAAUCAGUUCAUUCAGGCAUGUUAGCAAAAUGAGGCAAACCAUAAUUUCAGUUUUUACCUGUGUCUACAUUUCUGAAUACAAUUAACUGCUAAUGUAACAUUUUCAGUGAUGUAAGAUAACAUCUGAUGUUGAGACAAAAUUUUACAGUUAGUUUUCGAGCUAACACAGAUGUUUCAUAUUUAAUAAAUGCUUCCGAAAGAAUAUCAAAUAAAGUGGACAUUGUGUUUAUUUGUCUGUCACAAUUAAACGAUUGUUUU